AUGGCGGGUGGCAUCGUCAAAUUCCGGCAUCUGAGCCGCAACGCGGCGCACCGGCAUGCGCUCCUCCGCAACCUGGUCACGUCCCUGGUCAAGCACGAGUCCAUCCAGACUUCCUUUGCCAAGGCCAAGGAGGCCCAGAGGCUGGCCGAGAGGCUCAUUACCCUCGCCAAACGCAACAACGAGGAAACGCUCCGCAAGGCCAUGGGAAUCCUCUACACCCCGCACAAGCACCUCCCCAAAGUCUUCAUUCAACUUGCCGCCCGCUAUGCCGACCGGCCGGGCGGCUACACGCGCGUGCUGCGCACGAUGCCCAAGAACGCGUACGACCAGGGCGACUCUGCCAUCCUGCAGCUCGUCGACGGGCCGCGGGACCUGCGCUUCGCCUUCACGGCGGCCGCCGUCGCGCGGGACAGGAGCCUCGGCCGCGAGAGCAAGCCCCUCACGCUGCUCAACCAGCAGAAAGUCACGCGGUUCCGCAAGGACGGCGAGGCAAAGUUUGACAAGAUGGUCGAGCGCAUGGCCGGCAUCAACCUCGGCACCCCCACCGCCGCCCCCAGGAACCCCUUGCGAGUAAAGACGCCGCUCCUAAGAUGA